AUGGGAUUCGAACUGCCUCUAGCUACCGGCAAUCUCGCUGGUCUAGUUGCUGAUCCGAGACCCAAGGAUUGCUGGGACCAUUUCCAGAAUGGGCAAAGAUCAAGCAGUAUCUACACCAUCUAUGUCAAAGGCAGGUCGGCGGGACUUGAUGUGUACUGCCAAAUGGACCAUUACGGUGGCGGAGGAUGGACGAAAAUCCAGAACCGUGAAAAUGGCAACGUUGAGUUUUAUCGUAACUGGACCGAGUACAAAGCUGGAUUUGGGAAUCUGAACGGGGAGUUUUGGUUGGGAUUGGAGAAUAUUCAUCUUUUGACGAGCCAAGAUGACUAUCAGCUUCGAGUAGUGCUCUUGUUUGAAAGUGAUGACUGGGCAUAUGCUAUGUACGAUAGUUUUCAUGUAUCUGACGAGAAGGACAAUUACACCUUGACGAUUGGCACAUAUACCGGUACCACAAAACCAGGUGACUCGAUGAUAGGACAGCACAAUGGAAUGCCAUGGUCAACGUAUGACAAUGACAACGACAAUGCCAAUGGCAACUGUGCAGAGAUCUACCAUGGAGCUUGGUGGUACAACGAUUGCCAAACCUCUAACUUAAACGGGCCCUAUCGGACGAACGGAUACCUGGGUAGCAAUGAAAAAGGGAUAACUUGGGAAAGUUGGACUGGAAAGUAUGAGUCCUUAAGAAGAGUGGACAUGAAAAUAAAACCAAGGAGUGCCGGUCAUUAGGAUUUUUAAUUGAUUAACAACCUCGAAACUGUUCAAGUGCAUUGAAGUUUUAGAUAUCUCCAAUGCGAAAACAAAAAUUUAACAGUUCGAUCACACGACUAGUGCAAUAUUAAUUUAUUACCUAGUUCUGCAAAAUGUCAAUACGCGUAGAU